AUGUCACUCCUCCGCGGUGUGAUGAGGCUGAGGCCUCAGGUACGAUCUCGUGUCCCUCCUUGGGACCUCGCUGUGGUAAGGCACCAAAUAACCGAUCAGCCCCGCCACGAGCACGGCACGGAUUCACCCGCACCUGGACACGACAGAGAGGACCUCAACGAGCUAGAGCACCCCCACCCUCCGGGGCCUUACACCAAGCUUUCCUUGUUGCGUGAUCCUUCCACCCCGCCACACUGGCGGCCGCUCCUCCCCGACAUCGAUGAAAUCCUCCAGCGGCUUACGGAGGUCAGCAUCCGCCAGCAACAAAUUACGGAACAUCUUGCUGCCCGACAGGGUCAGACCGAGCAGGAGCUCGACGCACUGCGCACGGCCACAGCACGACGCGUUCUGUUACCCGACCCCUGGUAUAACCGUGGUCAUUUACGAACUACAUGGAGAAGAAACAACUGGGUUUUUGGAAUACUGGAAAUGAAGGGCCAUAGACGUCUGCCCAUUUUGAAGAUUGUCAAAAACCGCUCAAGACAAACUCUCAUACCCAUUAUCAGAAGGCACGUGAGAAGAGGAUCCACCGUUUUCAGUGACUGUUGGAGAGCAUAUGUUCAGGCUCUUCCUAGACAUGGAUACAGGCAUUUUACUGUCAACCAUUCAGAAAUCUUUGUUGAUCCAGUCACUGGUUGCCAUACACAGCACAUCGAGCAUGCAUGGCAAAGCAUAAAGUCACAGGUUAACAAGCACAGAGGCAACAAAAGCACUCCGCUCUUGAAAGAGCAUUUGAAAUGUAUUCAGUUGUAUCAUUGGUUAGGCAAACUAAACAGACAAGGAGUAAUUGCUCAGCUCUUUCAUGACAUAAGAAAGGAUUUCGAAAUCCAUUAA